CAAAGAGUCGGACACGAUUGACUGACUGAACUAAACUGAACUGAACCAUUCUUAUGGUAGAAGAAAGAAAUGGCUGUUAGAAGAUAAGACACAUGACCUUUUGCUUUAAGCAAGACACAUGACCAAGCCUAGCCUCAUGGGGUGGGGAACUAUAGCCUUAGUAUCUGCCUCCAUUAUGAUGUGUAAAUUGAUGUGUAUACAUGAAUCAUAGAAACAGAGGUCAUCUCAUUCACUCUACAAAGUUUGUAGAUGAGGAAUCUCAGGCCUAGGAAGGGGGUUGAAAUUAUUUUUUUGUUGCCACCUAAGUGCUUUGGGGUAUAUCUCUGAUAAAAACCCUCUCCAGUGACUUCAUUCAUCAUUUUGUCAGUAUGGAUAUAUUACAGUAAAAAGGAAGAUGGGAUAGCUGAAGUUUAUUACAGGCCAUUAUAUAUACCCAAGUACAACACAUGCCACAAGUUACAACCUUGUACCAACACAUUAAAAUUAAUGCUCCUGACUGAUGUCUUCCAUCUAUACUCAACAAAGUACCACUAUAGAGAAGGAAUGGAAAUUAUUUCUGUUUGUUAUCUGUCCCUUUCCUACCUUGCACUAGACAGGGAUAGUGGUUUUAGGUUUACUUAAGGGAAUAAACUCAGAAUGUUUAUUUCAUCUCUAAUUCUUUCUUCAUACUGUUUUCAUGCAGUGAAUGGAGGUAACUUCUGAUUUCUAUCCGCUGCGUAUACAUUCAUUUAUUAACCAAGUUAUUCAAGUACCUUCUCAAUGUAAGGAUUUGAUUCUAACUGCCAUGGUGGAUACAAUGAAGAGAUGGAUACAUAAUUAAAACUAUAAUACAAAGCAGUAUAGCAAGUGCCAAAUGAAUAUAUAGUAAAGUGCCAUUAUACUCUAAUAACUCUUUUAUUAGAAACCAGGAGAACAGAAGUUAAAAAAUCCUUAAAUAUGUUACCAUAUACCAGAAAGUUUUAAUACCAACUAAUACCUUAGCAUCUGUCAUAAUUACUUGCACAUAGUAAGCUUACCAGCACGUCUCAUGAAUUGAACAAAAGCUAAAUAUACCAGAAAAAAUACCAAUGGGGGUUGAAAAGAGAGGAAGUAAGGCUGCAGAGAUUGAGCUAAACUUGAGACCAAAGAAGAGGUCCUGUCAUGAUUAGAAAAGAGAAAGCAGUGUGAAGGAAAGGACUUACUUAAAUCCUCAGAAAUCUGAUCUUGGGUAGUUGAGCAGACUAGUUGGAAGACGCAGGUGCCAGCAUUCUUGGAGGCGCUGUAGAUCCAGGGUGCAGGGAGGGGCUGCAGCCUGAGCAGUCUUCUGAGAAGACCACCACUGUGGGCAGGAGAGGAAGGCCCUCGAGGGCCUCACUUCCAAAUGGCCUUCAAAUCUGACCCCUUUCUCAGGCUUUCUUCUAAGGCUUUGAGUCUGCUUAAUAUAACUCUAAGGUUGACUGUACCCACCUUCCCCUUUAGAAUCUUUCACUGCUCACAGGCAACUAGAACUAAAAGUAGAAAACCCACAAAUUGAAAGAAAUUUUAAACUCAGAUUAAUAUUUAACCUCCAUGAUGAUAGAAAUGAGUUUAGUUGUCAUGUAAGCAGCCAGUAAAUACACAUGAAUAAUGAACUACUAGAUUUUCCCCAGCUUUGUCAGAUUUUAUUCUGGAUAGUUUUAAGGAGAAGGGGAGAGGCUGCAGACGGAAGGAUCUGAGGAAAGUAAAAUUUACAUUUCACACCUCUUUGACCUGGGAGACAAUUGUGAAUUAAGAUAUUUGGUCACAUAACGUAAAGGUAGCUUUGGUUUCAAGUUCUUCAUGUUUGUUGUUCUUGUCUUUUUAAACCAGGGAAGUUCCCUGAGAAUUUAAUUGAGAUAUCACAGAAACAGUUCCAGUUGCUAUUUUCAGUAUUAGUACACUGUAUCUUGUUUUUCUUAAUGUGAUACAUGGAAAUAAAAUUUAUGAACUACAAUGUAUUGCAUUUGAAAUAUUAACCUACAUAAAUCAAAUUUUCAAAAACUUGUAAAAAUGUCCAGUAAAAAUUGCUUGGAUAGCUUUUGAAGAGCAAACAUUUUAUGAUCUGAAAUAGUCAAUACAUAACUGUCAUUGUUGGAUGAGACACAGUAUCGUGAAAGGUCUGCUGAAAUGGUUGUAUGAUCAGAGACUACUAGACCUGUAGGCUUGGCAGUAGAUAACUAUAAUGGGUUUUUUGUUGUUUUGUCUUUUUUUUUUUUCCUGCUUAGCAUCACAAGCCUUUCCUCUUCUCUCAGAAAUGGAAAGCAUUUGUGAGUCUAUGGAUUGAAGUCCAAAAAGCCUGAUACUUUUCCUUUAUUUCUGGCAGCCCUCAAGCAUAUGACCUAAGUUGGGUCAAUUGAAUAUCUUUGCCCCUAGCUGUGAAUAAGGAAUAAUGUUACAAGGAAGGAAGAAGAGUUCAGAAUUAGUCCCAGUGGCCUCCAUUGCCCCAUUGGGUCAGAGUCCGAGUGUCCAGCAGCAGUGGCCCACUAACCACACUGCUGCUUUGGCCAUGGAUACGGCUGUGUGCUUCCUCUAGGUUGCCAAGCUGUCUGGUCACCACCCAGGAAGUUGUUUUUCUACCUAAGGACACCACAGACACUUUCAGUUUUUGCCUAACUGAUUUGAUCACUAUUUAGAGUUGUGGGAAAACUUAUUAGCCUAAGGUUGCUGCAAGGCCAGUUUAUGGGCUCCGCAGUUUCCUAAGUAAUGAUAAGGAGCCUCCAGGACUAAGCUCCAGAAGAGAGUCAUCUGGCUUGAUACUGUGGUGUACCCUGCUCCUCGCCCAGGCCUCCAGCACAUGUGUUCAGUAAAUUUUUAUUUGAUUUUGACCUGAAUGAAUAAAAUAAUUGUACUCAACUUUAGGCCUCCUCAACAUCUAUUUAAAUUUUUGGAUCCUGUCUGCUUUUAGCAUAGAAGGGAACAGAACUCAAAGACAAUGGCACUAAGGUGUUAAAUUCAGGCAGGUAGGAGGCUGUUUUUCCAGUGGCAGAAAUGAGGAAGUGGGGGGAAGAGCUUAGGUUUCGAUGGUGAUAAAUUGAACCUGUUAAAUGCUGUGCUUUUUAUGUUUCGUAACUGGGUUAAACCGGUUGUGUCACUCCUUAGACAGCUCUGUACUUGUUUGAAUAGUACAAUAGUCCCUCCUACUGAACUUUGAUCCAGCAGAAACAACUGUUACCUAACUUCAGACCAUCGGUGGAACACCUGUACAAAGAAUGUUCUUCAGUUUAACUAGUUUUGUGUAUGUGAUUUCUUUUAAACUUUUAAAAUGAUUAGAAAACUUUUUAUUGUCCUGCUUUUGUCGUCUGUGACUCUUGGAGAAGCCAGGAAAUCCUUUCUCAGUUUGCUGAACGUAGAAAAGACUGAAGUACUGUUUUUCACAAAGUCGGAAGAAACCGUUGUUGUAAGGUCAAGUUACAGAGGUAAACAACCAAACUCCAGCUACCUCCUGGUGCAACUGGAAGAUGAUAAAAUGCUCCAAGUGGUGAAUGUGACCAAGACCUUGUCGGACGUGACCAACUUUACCAUAAAUCUGGUGACAGAUGGAGACGGAGAGACAAAUCUGACCAUUCAGCUGUGGGAUUUGGAAGGUAGGCGCGAAAGGCUCAUUGAAGAGAUAAAGAAUGUCCGAGUCAGAGUGCUCAAACAGAGACAAGACAGUCCUUUCCCGGCAUCAAACCUCAUUGACAGAAACAUCCUAAUGCUUUUUCUGCCAAUGAUACUGUUAAAUAAAUGUGCGUUUGGUUGCAAGAUUGAGUUCCAGGUGUUUGAAACAGUGUGGAAGAGACCUUUGCCGGUAGUUCUUGGGGCGGUUAUACAGUUUUUUCUUAUGCCAUUUUGCGGAUUCCUUCUGACGCAGAUUUUGGCCUUGCCUGAGGCACAGGCUUUUGGAUUUAUAGUCACCUGCACGUGCCCAGGUGGUAGUGGGGGCUACCUCUUUGCUCUGCUUCUAGAAGGAGAUGUCACUUUGGCCAUCCUCAUGACUUGCACAUCAACGUUUCUGGCCCUGGUAACGAUGCCUACCAAUUCGUACAUAUACAGUAGAAUCUUAGGGUUAUCAGGUACACUGCAUAUUCCUAUUUCUAGAAUUAUGUCAACCCUCCUCUUCAUCCUCGCACCAAUGUCAGUGGGAAUAGCCAUCAAGCGUAGACUGCCUAAAAAAGCAAACUUCUUGGAGAGGAUCAUCAGACCUCUGAGUUUUAUUUUAAUGUUUAUAGGGAUUUAUUUGACUUUCAGCAUGGGAUCAGUGUUUCUGAAAACAAUGAACCUCGAGGUGCUUCUGUUGGGUGUCUUAGUUCCUGCUUUGGGUUUGUUGUUCGGGUACUUUUUCGCUAAAAUUUCUAUGCUGCCUCUUCCUGUUUGUAAAACUGUUGCUAUUGAAAGUGGGGUCCUGAAUAGUUUCUUAGCGCUUGCCAUCAUUCAGCUUUCCUUUUCCCAGUCUGAUGCAGACUCAGCUUCUGUGGCUCCGUUUACUGUGGCCAUGUGCUCUGGAUGUGAGAUGUUACUGAUCCUUCUGUUCUAUAAGGCUAAGAAAAGAUGUACCCUUAACAUAGAAGAAAAAAGAAUGAAAAAUCCCCCAGUCUAACGGUUAAAGCUUUCCUGAAUUUUCCUACUCUGAAUGAGUUACUGUGGGAGAUGCAAAGAAUAUCUGAGAUGAUUCCUGCUCUCAACUCACUUAUGAUCUGAUUGAUAACUUGACAUUAGGGGAGCAAUACAGUCAUAUGUGCCUAAUACCCAGUGGACAGUCCAGACUCUUAAAUGUGCAGGAAUUCAGAAGAAGGAAACAACUAUAGCAUUGGAUUGGAAUAUAAUACCUUAUUAUGAUAUAUCCCAAGUAUUUACAAGAGGGCUGCCCUUCCACAAUAGGCAUUUGGUAACCGCUCACACAGUGAAGGGACAUGUAAAUUCCUAUUUGAAACCAGUCUGUCUUAAAUGCAGCAUCUCUGGUCUCCUUGGUGCCCCUCCCGUCAUCGCCACCGGAGAUGCUGCCGUUUGCCCUGGAGCACGGGGUCCUGUCUCCCCACUCUUCUCCCUUCUCCCCUCCUCUUUCCUUCAUUGCAGUAGAACUGUUUCCUACAGACAAUCUCCCAUAAUACCUUUCUAUCGGUCUCCUCUCCACUCUCAGUCCCACUUUGGUUCUGCCCUAGAUCGCUGCCUCCCUAAACCUUUCUUCCCCAGCUUUUGGCCUCUCUGUCUACUCUCCAAUCACUGGCAGAUUAAUGUUCCUAAAACUUAACUUCGAUCAUGUGCUUUCCCUGCUGCAAAGCCUUGUCACCUCUUGAAUAAAGUCUGUAUUCCUAGUGAGGCAUUUCCUACUCUGCUGACUUUAGCUUUCCGGUUUUAUCUCCUCUCCCACUUUUUACACGCAGGCUUUGUUCCAGUCAGCAGAUAACUGGGUCACUCAUGACUGUGCCCUUUGUUCACAUUGUCCCUGCAACCUGAGGGGCCCAUACCAUCUCUGUCUAAAUUUUGACCAUUCUCACAGACCUGGCUCAAACACAAGCUUUAACUAAUUCCUGUUAGCUACCAGGAAUUGAAAUUUCCUCUAAAUUCUCAUCACAGUUUUUUUUCCUUCAUAGUAUUUAGCCAGUCUGGCUUUCAUUACAGUUCUUUGUGUUCCUAUUGUAUCCUCCCUAUUUUGCUAUAAGUCUUUGAACAUGCAUUUUAUAAACAUAACAUGUAAACAAUACACUAUAGUAAGUUUAUAUAAUAGCAUAAACAGUAUAAUAUAAACAGUAGACUAUAGUAAUGCAAACUAUUUAUUUUGAUGCAUAAUGUCUAGCACAUUUCCUAUGUGCUGAUUCAUAUAAAGUGUUGAAGCACAGACUAGGGCCCAAAUGAACAGUAUGCUUGUUUUUAUACUAACAUUGAGUUUUUCAAAGGCAAUUUUUAGUAUCUAGUUUCAGUUUUCACUUUUUUACAAAGAGAGUGUGGGCAUCAAGAAAGAGAAAUACCACUCUAAAUAAAUCUGCUUCCCACAUUUCACAGGCCUGUAGUUGUAGGCAAAUUAUUUAAUCACCCUGUAGUACCAUUUCCUCAUCUAAAAAAUGGAGAUAAUAGUGUAAACGCCAGCAAAUUGUCAUAGGAGUUAAUUGAGAUCUUACGAACAGUGUACAUGCUCCUCAAGUGUGAGCUGCUAUAAUUAUUUUACCACACUUCAAACUUUUGACCCUUGUGUACCUACUACUGUUUUGAAAUACCAAUCUGAUAACUUUAGUGUGGAGGCUAAAACUUUGAACGUUUUCCUAUCAGUGUCAUUCACCAUCUUACUACAGUAUUAGGGAAAUUUUGUUCAGUUUGCCAACUGACAAGACAACCAUAGUUCUUUUUUUCUUAUUUUACCAAAUCAGUAUUUGAAUACCAAGAUUUAUCAAAGCCCUGGUUUGGCAUGGUGAUGGAUGGUUAUUAUUCAUUUUAUAAAAUGAUAAUUGCCUACAUGAAACACUUUACUGUUGACUCCAUUAAAACAGAAAUCUCAACUUAGGGCAUUAAAUUAUAAUUAAGCUUGCAUACAUUUGACUUUUGCACAUUUUCAUGAACAUAUUUUACUGAUGGGGAGAUAAGAAAUUGCCUUUCUAGUUGUACUUUAUCCUUAACCUUGUGGCUUCAAACAAGACAUUUCUCUGCAGUUCAGUUUUCAGAUUUGUAAAAGGAAGAGAUUCAAUUGAAGUUUAAGAUAUUGCUCAACUCCUACGCCUGUAAUUCUGGCAUGAAACUCUGGGUCACUGACACCGCAGACGGUGGUGGAUUCAGGUUGACAAUAAUAACCACCCACAGCAGCUGCUUUCUACUGGAGGCAAACACCAAAGUAGGAGUUUCUUGAAGGCGGAGACCACAUAAUAUUCUUUGAAUUUUUUGUAGUUUUUAACCAAUGCCUUUAAUCAAGUUAGUGCUCAGAAAACAUUGAGUUAAUUAAUCAUUAAUGUCUGUAAAAGUAAUGUCAUAUACUCAGAGGCCAGGUUGUGCCUGGGUCUUCAUUUCCAGCUCUGUCACCAACUGGGUGACAUUGGUCAAGUUACUUAGUCUCUGUGCCUAAAUUGAUGUGGAAAGUGGGGAUAAUGAUAAUACAUACCUAAUGGUAUUUUUGUGAGGAGUAAAUGAGUUAAUAUUAGUAAGAUCCUCAGAGUAGCACCUAACAUACAGUAAACUCUGUAAUUAUUAUGGUUACUCUGCAUGUUUGAUCUUGCACUUAAAAGCAGACAAAUGUAUAUGAAUGGAACUUGGAAUGUAUUUCAUUCAUCUUACAGAUGUAUCAUAUUGAAAUUUUACCUGAGAAAGUUUGUCUAAUUUAGAUGGGGAUAAAGUUAUUCAAGCUCCUUAUUUGUUCUUUAAGAAUGAGAGACAUAAAGCAGGCUACCUAAUUGCUUGAGUUCAGACCAACAGCUUGUCCAGCAAUAAUCAGUAUCAAGGCUACAGAGAACAAAGAGCUUUAUUUGAGGUUUUCAUAACUGCAGUUCAAGAGACACAGAUUCGGGUAAACCUGAAAGAGUAUCACAGGGGAGAAAGAGUCAGGAGCUUGUACAGGUGACAGUUACAAGGCUGCUCACGAAUUUUGACUGACCUUGAUUAAAGAAAGGAAAUAAUUGUCCUUAGGGGACAGGCUGUCGUGAGUCAUUUUAGGCUAAGGGCUCGAUAAUAUCUUGAGUUUCUGGAGCACUGGGUAGAUGUUCUGGGUGCUCGUGUUAAGAUAUUAAGGUGUGUUUGGGCUGAGACAUAAAUCACACUUCCUCGAUGGCAUCCUACCAGCUCCAUCUUGAUUUUCUUUUCACACAUUUCACACAGCCAUGAUUGGUUAGACAAAAGAUCCAGGGUUAAAGGGGUAAGUCGUGUUUAAAAAAAGUUUCAAUCCAAUCUUUAAUAGAGAUGAUUCUAUGAUAUAUAUAUUUUUUGCAACUAAAAACUCUAUCAGAAAUUUCAGCCUAUGUUAUGUCAAAACAUAAAACCUUGUUAGGUAUCCUGAAGAUUCCCCCAUUGCGUGUUUAUAAAUUCUUGUCAUUUUUAAUCAAAGUCCACUAAACAAUUAAUUAUCAAGAAAAUCUUGGUAUGUAGAAUCAGAUUCUGUGUGUGUGUGUGUGAGAGAGAGAGAGAGAGAGAGAGAGAGAGAGAGAGAGAGAGAGAGAGAGGGAGAGGGAGAGGAGAUUCCAUUUAAAAGAAACCCACUCCGGAGACUAAAUAGAGUUAGCAAGAUACCCAGGACUGGGGAGGGAUCACGAUGAAGGUCACUCUUGACUACACAAAUUGAGUGCAGCUGGACGCCCAUCACUCAGGCAGGUGACGAGGAGCGCUCUGCUUGACAAAGGCCGCCCUUCCCAGCACCUCUCCACGGACACUCGGGUCUCGGCAAGUGUCAGCGGCACUGGAUCGCACCUCUCCUCCAGGUUCUCAUGGGUGGAAGUCAGCUAGUAGGAAAAGGUAUCAACAGCCCCUAAGAGGGAUCUCCUUAUUAGGGAGCCUGGAGUGGUGACCUGGACACCAGGCCAGGCAGCAGAUUCUGUCUGGAGGCAGUGGAAGCUGAGCCCUCCACAACACCCAAGCACUCUGGCACAGCAGUACACAAUCGAGGGUUGGGAACGAAGCCUGCAGGCGUGACUGUGACUUUAAAAACGUCCCCUUUGGGAAGCCAAGAGCAAUGCACCAGGCACCAGUUCUCCGCAGCCACCUGAACUGCUCAGCACUGGACAAAAGCCUUGUGGAUAGCAGGGAGCCAGUGUGCAAUGCCGCCAAAACCAGAUCUGAGCACCAGACCUCCCUGUGCCCUAGAGGACUCUUCAUUUCACUUUUGGUCAGGCAUCUGAAAGCAGAAC